UUGAACCAGCCGGUUCGCGUUUUAUUUUACGCGUAUUGGCAAUAUCAAGAGCACAAUUCAAUAGCGCUGAUCCUAGACCCUAUCAAUGAGAUUGAAGCUUUGAAGAUGAUUCGAAACUCAUGUGUAUUCAAUAAAUUGCUAGUGUUUGUAAGCAAUUGGCGUCGUGAAGAGUCACGUACGAGUUGCCUUUUUCGUCACCCCCAGGUCCGCAGUGUCACAUCAUGGACUUAUUAUGGGCGUUCAUGGCCUUACCACCUAUCUGCGAGAGAAUCAACGAAUCCUCGCCAAAGCCAUCGAAUUCCCCUCGAGCUCUAACGACGUGACGUCGAUUGUGGUUGAUGGUUGGUCGUUCAUCUAUGAGCUUUAUGAAGAGUCUAAAUUACCUUGGGUGUAUGGUGGCGAGUACCAAUCGUUUGCUGGAUGUGUCGAAGGUGUCGUGAAGGCAUGGAUGGCUGUGGGACUCAGGGUAUAUUUUGUCUUUGACGGUUCUGCCCCAGAGCUGAAGAUUCCGACCCUCAUCAGCCGCCUCAAUCGCUCGAUCGUCGAACGGAGCCUUCUUUUCUUCAGAACUUCCGAGAUAGCACGCUCAACUCCCCGCUUUCUGCAUGAAACGCGGAUGAUACCACCACUCGCAUAUCAUGCAUGUCUGCAUGCACUCCGUGAAGUCGCCUCUUCAGCAGAUACUCUGGAAGUGCAUUUCGCAGAUGAAGAAGGCGAUCCUUAUGCCGUCGAACUCGCCGGCAGGCUCGGGGCCUUUGUUGUCGGCAAUGACUCGGAUUUUGUCAUUCUUAAUUCUGGGAAAUAUGCAGGAUAUAUCCAGCUCGAUGACAUGCUGUGGCCAGUGCCUAAAUCCGUUGACGCAGGCUCUGGUGAUGAAGGCAGCGAGUUCCGCACAGUGAGGAAAGCAAAGACAAAAAAGAAAAGCGCUGCUCAACAAGGGACUCGCAGGGGCCUAAUACCCCCAGAGCAUAGCACGGAUCUUACUCUGUCAGUUUUGGUCUACACGCCGGCUGCCUUGGCAUCCCACUUCAAGAUUCCAAUCACAUUAUUACCCUUGCUCGGCGCCCUGGUCGGAAAUGAUUUUUCCAACCAGUCUUCUACACAACGGAACGUGCAAAAUUUAUUUUUCGAGCGUCAGCUAACGUUAUCGCAACGCAUUGCCCGUGUCGGGUCCACGUUAAACGGAAUACUCUCCCCUGCCACUCAGAAACGAAAAGCCAGCCAUCAGGUUGGUUCAGUCAUGGAUUUGAUUGACAGAUCUGUGCAUGCACUCUUAAUCAGACCACCAAGCACCAUGGCCUCUGGAGAAAUAGAUGGCAUCGUUGACCGGAUCGUUAACGCAGCAUUGCAGUACGCGAUUGACAAGUAUGACGGAGAUACGUUUGGGCCGGAUGGUCUUUGGCCUAGCAAAAUUUGUGCACUGCAUCACGCCGAGACUUGCCGCCUGCCGGGACUCUUCUCCCGUGCGCUAUUACUAUCUACCGAUGAUGAAGCAAUCGACGACGACUCAGCGGAGCAUGACACUCAAUUGCUCCAGCUCCAUUCACUCUACAUCUCUGCGUACCGGUCGGGUCACUUGCAACCAAAGCUCAUGGAUAUCUUGAACACCGGCACUUUCUGGCCGAGGUUGUUUUUGGAGAACCCCGAUGCGGAGAAUGUUGCGCGGAGUAUCGGCAGACCUAUCCGAGAGUGGAUCUAUGCCAUUCUGGAAGAUGCCGUGGGGCUGCCGGAAGCUCCCGCGGAAACUGAGGUGGGGCAAUCUGACACAUCUCAGGUGGAUGAGGAAGACGAGGAUGAGCUCAUUGACGUCAUGGAGGAAGAUUCUGAAGACGAUGGGGCAGAUCUCCUUGCCCCAUUGCGUGGUGAGCUCCAAAAACUUCGUUUGUCAGAUGAGGAGUCAGAGAUUCCGGCGUCGACUACAUCCCGAUCCCGGUCGCACCUACCACCGCGGCCAAAAUGUGUCAUGGAAUACGUUAGGCGUGGAACUCGCGUUGCCCCGGAAGGCGUGGUCGUGCCAGAUCUUUCUAGGCUGUUGGUGUCGUCCGCGUUUCACGGAAAUAAUCAAGAAAAUUUUACCCCCCUGCCACUCAGGUCCACAUCGGAGCGGAUGUCAGUCUUUCUGCAUGCCCUCCGUAGCAGUACUGUUGCUCUGGAAGAAUUACCGAGCGAACAACUCAUGUGCGCCCUCGUUUUGCGAUGGGUCGUGCAAAUGAUGCAUCUACGGGCGCUGGGAUCCACGAGUAAGGAACGGGAGAAAGAAAAAUGGACUAGAUCGGAGGCAGGCGCCUUCCUUGCAUUUUACAUGUCAGAAGGGCACGGUCUCGAUUUUUGUACCACGCCUGCACUUGCUGGCUCGGAGCAUAACGCCGGAUCUGAAACCACACCAAUCAGCAGUCGUAGCAUUCAGCUUAUGGCCCAGGUGCUCAUGGCAAUCGAGAGCAUACAUCAUUUGUCCCAAGUUCUAUCGGUAUCAGAACGAGUUCCAGUCCGCGUCCAUACGCUAUCGGGGCAGACGUUCCAUACGUUCCUGGCUCAUAAGGGCUCGAACUGUCGAGUCACACUACCGGUUGGGCUAUGGGAUGCAUGUACGGAGGGGUUAGGUGAUGCCUUCGCAGAAGAACGUCCUGUCAAAGCCAAGAAAUCGAAGAUCAAUGGGAAGCCCAUUGAGCGAACGUCGGUGCAGAAAGCGGCGCGUGUUGGGACGGGCAGCCAGUUUGGACUGUUGGCUGAUCUUCAAAUGUAACUUACUUGUCGACCUCCUGUGUUGUUUGUUGGCAUCGAAAAGAACUGAGAUGAGCUGUAAGUUCUACAGACCAAGAGACUAGUUGGUAGUUGGCAGUGACCAGCAGUGACCUACCUGUGGUCUCCUGUGCUUGAGAGUUUAGCUGUACAAUAACCUGUGUGUUCCAUGAUGCGUUUCUAAUUGCGGAAUUAUGGCUAUUAGCAAAAAUAAUUAAUAAUUUAGUAAGCACAGCAUCCCCGCCCGCAUUGCUUUUUUUCUGG